AUGCUGCGGGCGGCGCUGGGCAGCACGCCGAGGCUGCUGUACCGCGUGCAGCCCCGGGAGUCCUGCCUGAGGCUGCUGUGGGGCCGCGGGGCCCGCACGGAGGUCGCAAGAAGGCGGCGGGCCUUGACCUGGGGCUGGCGGCGCUCAAGCUCCGAGCCUGGGCCGGGGCCCGAGGCGGUGCUGGGACGCGUGGAGGUGGCGCACUACCAGCUCGUCUACACUUGCAAGAUCUGUGGGACUAGGUCCUCGAAGCGCAUCUCCAAGCUGGCCUAUCACCAAGGCGUGGUCAUUGUGACCUGUCCAGGCUGCCAGAACCACCACAUAAUCGCAGACAACCUUGGCUGGUUCUCGGACCUGAAUGGAAAGAGAAAUAUUGAAGAGAUCCUGGCGGCCAGAGGUGAGCAGGUGCACCGUGUGGCUGGCGAGGGAGCCCUGGAACUGGUUCUGGAGGCUGCAGGGGCCUCCACAUCCACUGCUGCUCCAGAAUCGGGUGAGGACGAGGAUCCCACCCGCCCUGGCAAGACGGAGCCGAGCUGACCCCUUCGCUCCCGGGUAGUGUGGAACUUCUGCCUUCCAGAAGGAUAUUUUGGUCCUGGGCCUCUCCGGACUUGGCCUGUUUUCUAUCAAUAAACAAACAUCCCUUCCGGGUGCUGGGGCCUGAGGCCCCGGUGGCGUUUCUUUUUCUGGA